UUAACAAUCCGGCAGCGUCUCUAGAACUACAUGUUUGGUUUUAUUAUUAAAUACGCGUUUUCUUUUUAAGUUGUGCCGCAUUUAUGUAAAUAAAAACAAAAUGAACUAUCAUAUUAAUUGAAGCGUUAUUCAUUAUGCUAACGUAUAUGCAUACAAAUAAAUAAAUCAAUUCAUUGGCAACAUUAUGGAGAUAUUUGAAAAUAUUUGCCGCACUUGCGGCAACGAUUGCCUCGACGCCAUCAACAUAUUCGUGGACAGCGUCAUGGUACAAGGGAAGAACGUGCCCAUAUCGGAGAUAAUCGCUGCCUGCACUCCGUCCUUUGCCUCGUUGCCGGCCGUCUAUAUGGACGACGAUUAUCCACAGCAAAUAUGCCGCGUGUGCAUCAAGAAACUGAUAAUGGUCUAUGAAUUCAAUAACAAAUGGUUGGCGGCCCACAAUGAAUUCGCUGUAGCGCUGAAAUUUGAACAGCGUCGCAAUCGAUCUCGAAUCUCUUCAUCUCAGGCGACAGCAGCUGUAACAGUAGCGACAGCACCAACAACAACAACAAUCGAUGCAAACGAUCAGUUGAUUGAGACAGAUGAUGAUGAGAAUUUUGUCUUUAAAACGGAACCCAAUGAAGGUGGCGAAAUGGAGAUCAUCAACCACGCACCACCCACAAACUAUCACUGCGGUUUAUGCGGGGAACCAUUUCAUACGGUGUCCGCAUAUCAAAAGCAUCACAAAAUCAGUCAUCGUAAUUGUGAAUUCCUUUACUAUACGCCUGGUCAAUAAAAAAAAUAGUGAAGAAACUAUGUCCAAAUGUAGAAAUUAA